AUGUCGGCCUCCCUCCCCGGCAGCCGCGAGCUGCCCGCCUCCCAGUAUGAUCUCAGCACGUACUGGGGUCGCGUGCGACACAACAUGGGCCUGACGGACCCGAGCACCCUCCUCGUUGGCAGCACCGGUCUCGAGCAAGCCAAGUCCCUCCUCACCGAUUACAAGCAAGGAAAGAUCCCGACAAUGACGCCCGACCUCUGGAAGGCCAAGAAGGUCGUCGACUCGACCCUCCACCCAGACACCGGCGAACCGGUCACGCUCCCCUUCCGCAUGUCCGCUUUCGUGCUCACCAACUUGGUCGUCACGGCCGGCAUGCUCCAGCCCGGACUCGGCACGGCAGGAACGGUCGCCUGGCAGGUCGUCAACCAGUCCCUCAACGUCGCCAUCAACUCGGCAAACGCGAACAAAUCCUCCCCGCUAACUUGGCGCAAGCUCGGCGAGUCCUACGCCAUGGCCGUCUCAGUGUCCUGCGGUGUCGCCGUCGGUCUCAACAAGCUCGUCCCCCGCCUCCGCUCCCUCUCCCCGGCAUCCCGCACGACCCUGACCCGCCUCGUCCCCUUCGCCGCCGUCGCCUCCGCCGGUGCUCUCAACGUCCUGCUCAUGCGCGGCGAGGAGAUCCGCAAGGGCAUCGACGUGUUCCCCGUCCUGUCGGAAGAAGAGCUCAAGAAGAGGGAGAAGGAGGGCGGCGACACCCAGGUCCAGUCCCUGGGCCGCAGCAAGAAGGCGGCUACCAUCGCCGUCGGUGAGACAGCUGCCAGCCGUGUGUUCAACUCCACCCCGAUCAUGGUUAUCCCGCCCCUGGUUCUGGUCCGUCUGCAAAAGACAGAGUGGCUGAAGCAGCGCCCUCGUCUGACUGUCCCCAUCAACCUCGGUCUCAUUCUGGUGACGAGCUACGCCGUGCUCCCGCUUGCCCUAGCUGUCUUCCCUCAGAAGGAGAGCAUCAGCGCCGACAAGCUCGAGCCCGAGUUCCACGGCCGCGGCGGCGAGAACGGCAUGGUGGUGUUCAAUAGGGGUAUAUAG